UACACCCCGGCCCGGCGGGCGGGAGGGAGCCACGUGCGCUUGGUCCCGACGCCCUGCCCCAAGCAGCACCCGGGGGUCGGGACCAGCUGCCGUGGCCUUGCCGCCCAGCCGGGCCCCCUGGUGCGCACGGGGGACGCGGGCCGGACAGUUCGGCACCUGUUUUGUAUUUGAAGAUAGGUUUGUCGCCCGGCAAGUCGGCCGGUUGCCCCUCCAGGAGGAACAAACGCUAGGAAAACGCCAGCGUUACUCGGCUCUCGGUUGCUUUUUACGGGGAGUCUAAAGCGUCUCGCUCGGCGAAUCCGGCGGCCGCCUUCGCCACCUCGAGAGGCGCGAAAGGGAGUCUGCUCCGCUUGCGUUCCCGCCGUGGAAACGUGUUUGAUCGGGUGGAGAUCGGUGCAGGGGGGAAAGGGGUGUGCGGGAAAGGAGGGUCGGUCGAGGCAAGGCGAGAGGAGGUGGAGCUGUUGCCACGAGGGCGAGUCGUGUUUUCCGGCCGCGGGGCUGGAAAACGAGCGCUGCUGAAGCGAGCGCUCGUCAGGACUUCGUAGGAACGGCGCUGCUCGCACGGGCAGCUCCGUCGGUGCUGGGUAUUGGCAGCUCCCCUGAGACUCCAGGCUUUUAAUAGUCAGUUUUAGCUAGGCUUGCCAUUCGAAGCCUCGUUUCGGGGCUCCCGUCGUCUGGGCAGCGUUGCGCUGUCGUGCUUUGGCUUCCCCACAACUGGCCGACUCCCCGAGUCUAAAAUGUGUCCAAUCAAGAGCUCUUUGACGGCUGCUUAUUCUUUUCCGUUUCUGGCACGGUUAAACUUAGUCGUAGCUACAAAGUGCCGUUAACCAGAAUGCCAUUAAGAUGCAAAUUUCAGUGGAGCUAAAAUUUUCUCCGCACUGAAGAGGUUUGUGCCCUUAACCGAUACAUGGCUAGCCAGUGUUUGCUGACUGCUUACGCAGUUUCCACGUAUUAGGACUGGUUUUGUUAUGCGGGGGAAUUAUGCGCUUAGUCGGCAUGCACGUAAAUUGGGUAGCCUCUGCUGAGCGUUUCUCAGGGUUUUGUUGGUGACCAAAGGAGUUGUUGAGUUAGACACCUAUAAGGGAUCUAAUAAAAGCUCCCAAUAAAAACAGGUGAGAUUUGGGUAGGCAACUGGAAAAGCUGGAAUUUUCUAUGUGGCUAUUUUUUUCCUUUUGUUUUCUUAAAAAUGUUUGGAAGAGGUUUUGAAAAGCACUCCCAGAAGUUAGGCGCACAACUUCUGUGGACUGUCAAUGCAGGUUGGAUGCCUACUUCCUAUUUUGCAAGACUUAACUUGUUGUUCACCCCCAUAAGUAGAAAAUGGAUGUCACAGGAAAACUUGCCAGGUGUGACUUCAGACUCCAUCUGUAAGGUGGGAGGUCAGCAUAUUCCACUGUAGCCCUUAAGAGAGGCAGGCAGGUGCAUGGGAACCUGCAUCUUCUGAGGGGAAUGCUAUUUUCUUGGCUGAGCUGAACAGUUUCAGGUAUUCAUAGUACUAAGGAAUGCAGCUGGUUUGUUUUUUGUAGAAAGCAGAGACAAUUAAGCAUGAGGAAAUUGCAAGAAAUGGUCUGGACAGUGUUUAAAUGCAAAAGGCACUUGCGUGGUGCAAGGAUGCCAGGGUUUUGUUCAGUAGUGUAUGCAUCCCAAGGGAUCUGGGUAGUUGGCACAUCUGGACAUGGAAACAGAGUCACAAAAAGUGUGUACUGAGACUCAAGUUCUAACCUAGGAAUUUACAUGGAAUAGACAUUGGCAAAAUAUUCAGCAGUGAGGCUGCAAUGACCGGUUGACUUGGCUCUUCAAGGAUCUUCGAGGCAGGGAGUCUCGCAGUCUUCCAGUGGAAACUAUAACCCCCCACUGCAAACAGUUCCCAGAGCUUGAGCCAAGAUCCAGAAAAAAAGUAGGAGAGGAAGGAAAAGGUGGGAAAAAAUAGAUGGUUUGUACAAAACUUGGAAGUUCGAUGGAGACCUAGAGAGGCCGGGGGCAAUAGAAAUGGUUCUGAUGGCAGAAGGAGAAGGCCGUGCCACCGGUGACCAGAUUAGAUGGAAGAGGAAUCUGGAUCUUGGUUUGCAGCGAAAGUCUGUGAAGUUAACUAGAACAGGGCUAUGGAGAGGGCUUAACAAACAAGUUGGGGUUGAAAGGCUCCUGAAGUGAGCAGGGAACCUGUGUAAUUCUUGACAUUUGGGGGUGGGUGGUGGGGAGAGGAAUGUGAUUGCGCUUCCCAGACCCCAUAGGAGAGUGGGCUACAGCCUUUUGCUCUUGCUGGAGUUGCAGGAGUUGGGACAACGUGAAGCUGCCGGCAAGGCUUUGCAACGCUCCGACUUGGCUGAGGACUCUAGUUGUCUGCAGUUACCCAAUGAGGCAGAACGUGCUUGUGUUUCUGUGUGCCGAUUCAUUUCUCCAUCUGUGUUCCCAGCCUCGCUUUCUUUAUGAGCAAUGUGGAGCUAAUUCCUUAACAGUCAACUAUAUAUUGCCUUUGGGUCUAGCUCGUUCACGGGUGAAAAAUGGGACCAUUUCCAUGGUGCUUCAGGUGACUUCUUGCCAUCCUGGUUACCAUCACGCCUAGCAGAGGAUUGUGGGACUGAAGUGGGAAUUCCUACCCUCCCUCACAAAAAAAAUCACCUGAUGGCCACAACUGGAGUUUACCUGGUAUGCUGACGUCAUGGGGAGCUGCUGUAGCUACUUGUGCAGAGACAGCAUCCCGGACAACCACCCCACCAAGUUUAAGGUAACGAACGUGGACGAUGAGGGGAACGAGCUGGGAUCUGGGAUCAUGGAGCUGACGCAGACGGAGCUCAUCUUGCACACUCGGAAGCGUGAUGCUGUCAGGUGGCCCUACCUCUGCCUGCGCCGCUAUGGCUAUGACUCCAACCUCUUCUCCUUUGAGAGUGGGCGCCGCUGCCAGACCGGACAGGGGAUCUUUGCCUUCAAGUGUUCCAGAGCAGAGGAGAUAUUUAACCUGCUGCAAGACCUGAUGCAGUGUAACAGCAUCAACGUGGUGGAGGAGCCAGUCAUCAUCACUAGGAGCAGUCACCCUACUGAGCGUGAGCUGUCCCGAACCCCACAGACGCCCAGCACUCUGGGGUACACUGUUCCAGGGUUCCCCAAUGGAUUUCACAGCUUCCCUGGGGAAGCCCCAUCCUACUCCACAACCAGACACCCCUCCAUGAGCAGCUUGAGGCACUCCUCUGUUGGGGAGGACUCUACGCACGCCCUCAUCGGGGCUGAUGAGCAGUCCCACACGUACGUCAACACCACCAGUGGCGAGGAGGAGAUGAGAGGCCGGCACUGUAUGCACACCCUGCCUGAAGUCCAUCCUCCUUUCCCUCACAGGAACCACAGCUGCUCGCUGGAGGACCGGAACCCCCAAGUCUUCCUGCAGCCAGGGGAGGUGAAGUUUGUAUUGGGUCCUGCCCCUGGCUGCAGGCACAUGGUGAAAUGUGACAGCUUCUGCCGGCACCACCGGGAGUGCGGGGGACAUAUCUGUGCUCCCAACAACAACAACGAGUGUAAGGACAAGUACCCCAUGCCCAAGUGCAUGUAUGAGAACAUAAAUGGCCUGCUCCCCCCUGGGGGUGCCUCGCUUCGGCGCGGCGGUCGCUUGAAACUCACUCGGGAAGACCUGGGCUUGAACAGCUGCUCUCACCGCAGGACAGCCCUGCUGCACUAUGAAAACCUGCCAUCACUGCCUCCCGUGUGGGAGUGCCAGCCCCUGCGGCAGGACGAGGAUGAUGAGGACUCUGGGGAUGCGCUGACCCCUUCCCCGAAUGGCUACCGCGAGCCUAGCGAAGAUGACCCCCUGCAGAACUACAUGAACUCAGAGAGCUCUGUGCUGCAUGGCAGCCUACACCACGGCAACUUCCCGCAGCAGCUCCGCAACUGCACGCCCAGCGUCUUCAGCUUCGACUUCCGCCGGCCAUGCCCGGAGCAGCAGAGGCAGCUCAAUUACAUCCAGGUGGAGCUGGAGGCUGACCCCCACAAAGGGUGCCAGAAACCCCAGGUCCCCUGCACCCCGCUUCCCGCCACCCAUCCAGCCCGCAGGACGGACUCCUACGCGGUCAUUGACCUCAAAAAGACAGCAGCCAUGUCCAACUUGCAGAGGGCGCUGCCCAGAGAUGAUGGGACUUCGAGGAAAACGCGGCAUAACAGCACUGACCUGCCUCUGUAAGGGGAACACCAAGUGCGAGCAUCGCAUUGUGGCUUUUGUUAUCUGCCCUUCAGCGUGACUUCCAUCCUCCAUUCCCCCUUGCUUCUCAUCCCUGUUGGCCAACACACCAUCCUUGGAUAGCCCCACGAAACAGACUUUAUUCUUGUAGUCUGUCUGUCUGUCUUUUGCUCUCUCUCCAUUCCUACCAAGUAUUUUGGUUUUCUGAGCCUUGCAGAGCGUUUGAAACCUUUCAGGGGUGCCAGCACACGAAUGGCAUCUGUAUGAGGGUAUAAACUCAACCAGGGGUCAUGUGUUGAUCAGGGCUACCUCUCCUACUUCCAUGAUACCCCAAAGAGACGUGCCAGUGCAAAAACAGGAGGGGAGGGCCUGAAUGUGAGUGAAGGUUGGGGUCAGGGAGCCCUCAGCUUGUUUUGUUAUGUUAAUUUAAUUUAUUUAUUUAUGUAUUUAUUUAUUUUUGUAGAGAUUCAGAAAUAUUUUUAAUUUGGUUUUAUUUGUUUGUUUAUUUUUCCAUGCUAAUUUAUUUAUUUAUUUAAUUUUGUAAAUCUCCUUUUGCCUCAAAGUUUAAAAAGUGCCAAGCCCGUAGCCACGUGCAAUGGAUCAGCCUGGUGUUCAACUUCGUUUCCUUGGCAGGGCUGGAGGGGUGAGAUGGUGGAAAGGAGGUGCUGUGUUGGACCCAGUUCUUGUGUUGGAAGGCACAGCUGCGAGGGGAAUACUCCAUGAACUGGAAUGCACUGUUCUGGAAGGGUGGGAGGGAGUGUAGAAAGCACAGAAGUGUGGGCUUGAUUGCAAGGCAGCCAAGCUUGGAGUCAUACUGAAGUGUUGCAGACUCCCACGCGCUUGGAUGACUCCAUGUGAAAUAUUUGACUAGUGUUUUGGCUAAACAUAUGGCCCCUGUUUUUUGUUUUGUCAACUCAAUGGACUAAAUUGAGCUUUGGUAUAACACCAUGGCUUUGAUAUGGCUUUACCCAGUUAUGCCAGGGCUGAAUUUGAUGUGAAGCAUUCUGCUUCUUGUUGUCCAGGGAAUGUUCCAAUAUUGGCAUUGUGUGCAUGAGGUGGCAUGUAGCAAAGUUAAGCCAUUCUCUGGGCAUUGUAUUGCAUUCCUUGAUUCCACUCUGGCAUUUUGUAUGACACCUAAAAGAACUCCUGGUGUUGUUCUCAGUUUGGCCUUUUCACUUGCAAAGUCCCACAUCUUCCUCCCCCCAGACUCGAACAAUGUCCUCCAGGGCUCUGGAGGCUGCCCCUCCGCUGGCAACAAGAACCAUCCAAGCCCACAUCACUUUGAUGUCCUUGCUGCCAGCAUAUUAGUCUUGAGGCAUGACCUUCCAGGGCGAAAGGGGAAGCUGGAUCAUCCAGUUAUAACUCUGCUGGGGUUCACCAGCAUAAUUUUUGGAUUCCAAGGUUUGUUCCAGUACUAGCAAACCACAUCUUUGCUGUAGUGAUGUCCUGGGAUUUGGUCUUUCUGGGAGCAAUGGCAAAGACUAUGGCAGCUGGUAAGUAAAGGUGAUGGAUAUACAUACAGCCUCUUUACUUUUAGAUUCAUAAAUCCCCCAUUUCUAGAACACAGAUUCCCCUCUUUGGGUAGCUGCUUGUUGCACAAAUUCCAGAUGCAUUGCAGACUUAAGUUGGAGGUUUCUUUGCAAGCCCUUGAGCUCCAGUCUUCCCUUCUCUCCAUCCACAGCCCUUACUUAUGUUUUUAUAGCAGGAAAACCCCCCAAAUAUAAUAUUUUUUUAUAUAUGAACUGACUGCAUUAAAAGGGAAACAGUCAGGUAAUAUAUGCCUUAGAUUCAGCUCUUUUGGUGGGGGAGCAGAGAGAGAGACAGCUAUCUAAAAAAUUAACCACUUAAGCAUUUUACUGGAAAUACUUCAAUGAAGAGGGGUUUCUUGUGAGCUGUGACGACCCCGUCCCUUAUACCAUUAGCAAUUCAGAUGUCACGGCAUUUGGCAAUGCCCUGAGAAUGCCAAAUGGAAACAACUUGUUUAGUUUCAUCACCAGAGCUGAGAGAAAUGGGAAAUGACCAGGUCAAAAAGAGGUGAACCACUCUCAGUAUUCAUAGUUCCUUGUGAAACAGGACCAGGUCCAUCUCGGAGCCUUCUCCAAAUGCCAUGCUAUGAGCAUGCAUGAGUUUGGCAUGUCAGUAGGCAUCGCAGAUGGACAGACAUUCCUGCUUUAAUUGUGGAGCGUGCGUUUUAGGGCAUUCUGCCUCGAGAGUGCUUUGGCCCUGCAGGGUUUUAUCUGUAUUGAUGUGGUACCUAAUUUGAAUCCCUCUGAUGUUAGUAGAGAGACUUAGACUGAUUUCAGCGAGCCUUUUCCAAACAAAUGUAUUAUUUUCUUGUUGCAGCACUUUACAGGCCCAGUGCAGCCACGGGCCUGUAAGUUACCUGAUUUAAGUUAGCCGAGCACUUCUGUUGGCUUCUCUGGCAUCUUGGAUCAGGCUUUGUUUUACAAAUUCAUCCCCUGGUGUUCUCCAAGAUGAAGCGUCUAGUGAGGUGUUGCUGGGACGAGGUGACAGAGAGCCUAGCAUGCAUUGCCAGAAAAGCAAGUUCUCUUAGUUUUAAUUUUUUCCCACUUCUUCGUUGAUCAUAGUAAAGAUACAGAUCCUUACUCCUUUUCUUAAUUAAUAGGGAAAAAUCUGCUUAUUGUUUUCCCACUUUACUGUGGAUUUCCAGAAGUGAUUAAACGGAGCUGUUCAUAGAAUGAUGUUGAUUGCGGAUGGCCCCAGUAUAUAAAAAUGAUCGUAGAAUAAGUUACUGUGAGUAACAUGGGGUUAAAAACCAGAGGGAUCUCUUGCUCUUCUUUGUCUGGAGCUCUCCCUAGCUUGAGCAAACUGCUGACUUUCAGGUGCAACUACGCUGUGGACAAGCAUCUAUAGCAGGGUGUUAUUGCAGUCUUCAGACCAACAGCACAGGGACCGCUUCUGAGAACAGUGCUAGCCAACCUAUGCUGUAGUCCACCUACCUGGUACCCCAGUUGGCUUUCCUUCCCUUUUAUGUAUUGCAGUGGUACUUAACAGCUCCAGUCAUGGGUCAGAAGCUGAUUGUGCUGGAUGCUGUUGGAGUGGAAUAAAGGUCUGGCACUGAAGGCCUCUCACUGUCUAAGUGAAACUAAAAUCUGAGGCCUUUAUUGGGAUUCAGCUCCUACACUGUCCUCUCCAAGAGAAGUGGACAAAUGCAAAUGAUAGCUGGUCAGAGUCUUAAUGUCAGGAAUAUGUCUCCUACUAGUGCAAGCUUUGUAUGCCUCUCCAAUAAUGCAAGACAGUCUGCCAACAGCAUGAGGUGCCACGAUCUCAGUGUAGGUAAGGGCUUGCGCUGACUGAGUUUCUAAGCAGUCCGAUGGACCAGCAUUAAAGUGAGUUUGCGUUUUAGGGUUCAUUUGAGUUGUAUGUCACCCUUGUCAAUGCUGGGUGAGAGUAUAGCCCUUUUGUUGCAUUAUGGUGGAGUGAUCUGCCUACACCAGUUCACCAGUAUAUAAACUGCCACGAAUGGACCCGUGCUCAAAGGAGGGUUAGAAGGGAAUUUUUCCCAGGUCAGGGGGGCAAGGACCUUGCCCGCCAGCGUUUCUGGCCUUUGACUCCAUAAAACAUGAAGGGUAUUAAAGUUCCAGUGUGGAAUAUGACUCAGUCUUGGCAGUGCAGAGUGACCUGUAUAGACUCCCGUUUCAAAUGCUAGGAGUAGGUAUGGGAGGCAGCAUCCAGAAAGAGGGCUCCUCAUUACAUGCUUCUUAGGCAUCAAGAUCUUGUUCCAGAAACAGUUUCCUUUACAUGUACCCAAAGCCCCUUAUCUGUACAGAUAGGACUGUGUUUUAUGGUAGGAUAUUUUGGAUUACUGUAUGGAGUUGCUGCCACCUGGUGUUAUCUUUUAGAGGAGUGUGACUAAUGUACUAAAUGAGUACAAAUGCUACUUGCACAUUACUUACACAUUUAGUAAGCUGGCGCACAUUUAUUUAGUGACACUUACUGUGGAGUAACCUAAUACUACUGUGCCGUAGUAUAUUAGCACAGGUUUUGCCCAGAGCGCUACUGCGCAGUGUUAUUAGGCUACUGCACAUUAAGCAUCUUGUGUAGAUGCGCCCAGUGACGAAGGCUUUAUAAGUGCAGAGAGAACCUGUGACCUUUAAUUUGGUUGCCUUGUCAAACCAUCAAUCUAGUGUAUAGCAGUCCAUCCUGGGUGAUGUACUUGUUAAGAGGACAGAUGGCAAAACAACUAGAAGUUUUUCUCCUCCUUAUGGCUAGUGCAGAGGCUUCUGAUUCUAGUCUUCUGAGCUAGUUUUGAUUGCGAGUGAGAAUUUGAUUCUUCAGGCUCUCAAAUUCUCCAUUCUCUUUGGCUCUUUCGGUACAGGGAGGAUGAGGGCUGGCUCAGCAGACUUUGCUCAUGAUGUAUGGCAGGUCUCACGAGUGACACGCCAGGGAUUUAGUAGACAUGCAUUUGCAAUUUAAGGAUGAUCAGAGCAGUAUGUCAGCAGCACAGAGGGCCAGGUUCAGCUUUCAAACAGCUGGUGGGAGACUACAGGAGAUGGGGAGAGAAUCUGUAGACAAGGAGAGGACCAGCUGGUCAUGCUGUGAAUAUCUGAAGGCUUCAGCGACAGGAAAUUAUCUCAUGACUUUGGGGAGAUGCACCAAAGCUCACCUGAUUUGUGCUAACAAGGAAUGUAGUGUAGUGAGCAUCUUCCUUGCCUUUUCAUUUUGCUAAUUGUUUCAGGAAAGGUUCCAGGUCCUCCUACAACUUCCCAGUCUCUUGAUUUUUAUGUUGCCAAGAAAGCUUCAUAGAGAAUGGCUCGAGUGCUGCUGCGUCAGCUCUUGGGGACCAGGAUUAGAAGGAAGCUCCGGCUGAUAGGAUGUCUGUGUUAGCAAGCAUGGUGGGGUUGCUAUCCAGCCUCACCGCUUUCUCUAGUAUUCAAAGUUGGAACCAUUUUUAAUUGAAGUUUUGGGGAGGGAGGGGUCAGUGACAGGUGGAACAAGACUGGAUCUUUGAGUUUACUUUCCCUGGUUUGGUAGAUCACCUGCGAUCCAGUGGUAGUCAUAACUGUAUGAUUCUUUUGUUUUGGCCAGAAUGUAUUUAUUUUGCUAGAGCCUCUUAGAUUUCCUGGCAUAUUCUAGGCAGAACGGGAGAGAGGUCCUUGUCCUGAGGAGUUUGUUUUGUGGGCCAGAUCCACUGCUAUAGAAGUGCCCUGAUGUCAGCAGGGCACAACAGGGAAGAGCAGCUGGUUGUCACUACACCAUGCUCAUUUUUUUUUUUUUUUUUCAGGGGUGCAGGUUGUAGCCUUGUUGGUCUAAGGACAUAGGCAGGCAAGGUUCUUUGGGUAAACCGUUUAUCUUUUAUUAGACCAACUAAAGUAGUUGGAAAAAGUCUUUGCAAGCUUUCAGGUUAAAACACCCUUUGCCAGGCUGAGGAAGCGUCAGCUGUUGGUCUGCUCUUCCUCGAUGGAGUAGAAAUGCUUACUUUUCACACCCACCUUGCCUUGACCUUUGCAAGGUACAGCUUAUUGGACUGUCCAAAUCUGUGAAAGGGAGUUAAUUUGCAAACAGUAGUCAGUCCUCUCCAAAUGCGCCGUGCCCAUCACAAAUAACACAUGGCCCCAAAUUUGGAAAAGAUUCAUCCUUUGUGGCUGCUUCUGAGCCUCCUUGUCCUCAGAGCUGAGUGACCCCUCCAGGACAUGAGGUAUCUAGCUGAUGUCCUGCAGCUGUGAGCAAGGAGCUCAGUGUUGUCAACCAUUUGAGUUGGUUUAAUAAAAGAUAGCAGAUUUACCCAAAGAACCUUGUUUACCUAUGUGCUUAGACAAACAUGGCUACAACGUACACCCCUGUAGCAUUAUCAACGGGCAGAUACUUGCUCUAAAGCCCUUUUGUUUUAACAAAAGAGGGACUAAAUCCCUUGAAUCUCCCUGAGGACCUCACCCUCUCCAAAGGCCAGUUCUGCAAGGAGAGUUUCCUCCAGGAUUGUCCCUGCACUGAGCUGUUUCAUAUGUAGUUUGUUUUAUGGCAAAGACUGUCUGUGUCCACGGGAACAUUUCAGCAUGAUGAGACUUUCUUUUGGUUUCAAACACAUGUCUGUAGAGCAUGGGUGAUUGCAGUGCAGGUGUGCAUGCCCAUGCUAUAGGUUGAGUUUAGCUACCUGGGGCAGCAAUAGCAGUGAAGAAGCAUCAGCCCAUGCUAGAAUCCCAAGGGUCCCGAGAGGGUUGCAUAGCUCACAUGAAAGCUCGUCUUCACUGCUGUGCCGCUAGUUCUUAUGCUGGUCCGCACUGCUAUCCCACCUUUGUUUCGUGGUGUAGACAGACCCCGAGUGUGGCUGAUCUUUUUCAGUGCUUUGUGUUUUAAGUUGGGCACUUGCUCUCCAUCCCUCUUGACCUCUUUGUUAUUGUCAGGGGAAUAAGUCUCUCUUUCCCCCUAAGCAUCCUGCAAAUGUCUGUUUCUAGCUUGUUUUUCACAUCCUGUAAACCUGCCCUUCCCUCUGAGAAGGGAACGGAAGUGUAGCUGCCUUGCUCUGAAUGUGAGUGAUACUUACCUGCCUUAAGGGAUGGGGUGGGAUUGUGAGGAUUAAAAGAUUAAUUGGUGUUUGUAAAGCGUUUCAACCGUGUGAGACUUCCACAAGUGCUAAGUAUUAUUUUUUAUUAUCGGAGCCACUUUGCUCACUGGAAAGACUCCCCAGCUGUUGCUGUCUUUACUCCAGUGGGAAAUGGCUGUUUAAAUACCUCUAAUCCCCAGAAUCCUUUGUUUUGCCCUAGGAGGGGGGCUAGCUCUGUACAUACUCCAGAGGUCCCUGUGCUUCUGAUCGGGGUAGGUGAAGGCAUGCCCCUCUUAGGCAAUUCCUUGUUCCUCUUUGUAGUGUGGCCACGUGGCAGGACUGGGUCUUGAAAGCUCUGGGGUCUGUUCUCAGCUCUGCCACUGGUCUGCUGGGUGCCCAGGCAAACAUGUAGCUUUCCUAUGCCUCGGUUUCUGUAUCUCUGAAAUGGGGGUAAUAAUACUGACACCCCCACUUCUCCCACAAGGUGCUUUGAGACCCACGGGUGGAGAGGGAGAAAUCAGAAUGAGGUAGCUUUAUUGUCAGUUCUCUAACCCAUUUCCCCCAAAUGCUUUCCCCUGCUUUCCUUACGCAUGGCUCCACCUGACUUCACCCAUACUGUGGAGCAACACUCAUCUGUUGCCUAUUAACUCUCUGAAUUUGGCAUCUUUGGGACCCUCAGCCAGUCUGUCCGGAGAGUUUGGCCUUCCCCAAGCUCCGUUCAGUUGAAGCCAAGAACUCCAUGUAUAUGAGACCCCGGCUCCCAAAGGUGAGGCAGACGCAGGAGGUCCUGGGCUGGAGCUUGGGAGGUGAAGACCAAGAAGUGGGUGCAGGGAACAUGCUGGAUCAUCUUUGUUUUCUUUCUUUGUGUGCGUAAUUCGGUUCGAAGGGCCCAAACGUGUCCGAGUCAACCUCAAGCUCUUAUCCCGUGUGAUUCUCUUUGUUGUUGCCUGUACUGGUGUCCUUGAUGCUGAAUAUUUCCGACGUGGAGGAAAAGCAGAGCCACUUCGAGGCAUCGGCCUCUGGGGAUUCAAAGCUGCUCUGUCCACAGAGGUCAGUCUUGCCGUGUAAUUGCUUCUACAAGUUCUUACUUUGGGUCUCCGUUGAGUCCGUUUCAUCUGGGUGUAACCUUGAAGGCCAAGAGCAUCAGCAGUGCCAUGUGGCCUGAGGAGCGCUCCUGUCUUAUUUGAACGUGCACUAAGAAUGUAUACAGAAUAAAUGGCAUCUGAUGACUA